CUGGGGGUUGGGCGUGGGAGUAGCCCUAGCCGAGGCUCGGAAGUCCUCCUGGACUGUUCAGGGGGCCCCAGGAGGUAGCCACGUUCUGAGUCUGGCUAGAAGCCAGGGGAGGGAGCUUGGGUUAAGGGGAGGGCCCUGAGGGAGGGGUCAGACUCCUGAGGAAAGAGUUAAUGGGCAGAGGGGGAGGGGAUAGGACGAAGAGAUCGAAGGGAAGGCUCAGGUAGGAAAAGAACGGAGGUGGGAAGCGUGGUGGGGAGAAGGGAUCCUGCAGGAUCAGGGGUCAAAGUGAGGGGGCUUCUCCCCUGCUGCACCCUCAUCCUAGGGUCGCUAACUUCCAGCUGCGGCGGCGACUUUCAGUUUCAUUUCCACGGACCCUCCUGCCUGGGCCGCAGCUGCCGCCGCGAUGCCCAGUAAGUUCAGCUGCCGGCAGCUCCGGGAGACGGGCCAGUGCUUCGAGAGUUUCCUGGUCGUUCAGGGACUGGACAUGGAGACAGAUCGCGAGCGGCUGCGGAACAUUUAUAAUCGGGACUUCAAGACCAGUCUUGCCUCCAGCAAAUCCAUGCUCCAAUCCUGAUGCCAGAGUGAUCUGAAAUGCAAAUCUGAUCUUGCCACUCCCCUGCUUAAAACCCACCGACUCCACUCGGUGGUUCUGUAACCACAGUGUAGCGCCUGAGGCGGGCUGAAAGCACAAAGCCAAGCUAUUUGAUCUCUGGAGAAGGAUCCCUUCCCUUCCUGCUUGGGUUCCACCUGCACCCUUUGACUUCGGGUGGAAACUGCUGUCUGAUCAGCCACCUUGCCCACACACCCUGGACAUCUGUGCUCUCUGACCCCUCUCUCACUCCUCACCAUCAGACUGGACCCCAGAUCCACCCCUUCGAAUCAACGAUUCAGCUUUCCCUUAGCCUUAGCUCUUUCUGCUGGGUUAUUUGUGUCUUUUUCUGUCCCAAAUAGUUUUCCCCAAAAAAUCUUCCUUUCUUUCUCUCUUCCCUUAGUUCUCCAAAUCAACAGCCCAUGAUUGGGCUUUUCUCCUCAGAAUUGCACAAUCCACAGCCUGCUGCUUAAAACAAUCAUAUUUUGUCUUGGGAAGUCCCAUUGCCUUCCCUUAAAACAUUAAAAAUUCCUGCGAUCCCUCGCCCGAGUCUGUCCCUGGGCCCUGUCCUGUUCUGCAGCAUGGCUGGUGUGUCCAGCACAAAGCAGUCCUCAGACGCCUUCCCCUCCCACGCUCCCCAACAUGUCACUCUGCGUCCCACUGGCCCUGCCUUCCCUCACUUCCCAGUCUCCUCUGCUUCCGGCAGCUUUGGGACCCCCGCCCCUGGCUUCUCCUCCAUGCUGUAUGGAAUGAAGAUUGCAAAUCUGGCCUACGUCACCAAGACUCGGGUCAGAUUCUUCAGACUCGACCGCUGGGCUGACGAGGGGUUUCCAGAAAAGAGGAGAAUGACGCUGGGGUCAGAUAUCAGCAAACACCACAAGUCACUGCUAGCCAAGAUCUUUUAUGACAGGGCUGAGUAUCUUCACGGGAAACAUGGGGUGGACGUGGAAGUCCAGGGGCCCCAUGAAGCCCGAGAUGGGCAGCUCCUUAUCCGCCUGGAUUUGAACCGCAAGGAGGUGCUGACCCUGAGGCUUCGGAAUGGAGGAACCCAGCCUGUCACCCUCACCCACCUCUUCCCACUCUGCCGGACCCCCCAGUUUGCCUUCUACGAUGGAGACCAGGAGCUGCCCUGCCCACUGGGCCCCGGUGAAUGCUAUGAGCUCCAUGUCCACUGUAAGACCAGCUUUGUGGGCUACUUCCCAGCCACGGUGCUCUGGGAGCUACUGGGACCCGGGGAACCAGGUUCAGAAGGAGCUGGCACUUUCUACAUUGCCCGCUUCCUGGCUGCCGUUGCCCACAGUCCCCUGGCAGCACAACUGAAGCCCACGACUCCCUUCAAGCGGACUCGGAUCCCUGGAAACCCUGUAGUGACCAACCGGAUAGAGGAAGGAGAGAGACCUGACCGUGCUAAGGGCUAUGACCUGGAGCUGAGUAUGGCACUAGGGACGUACUACCCACCCCCCCGCCUCCGGCAGCUGCUCCCCAUCCUUCUUCAGGGAACAAGUAUCUUCACUGCCCCAAAGGAGAUUGCUGAGAUCAAGGCCCAGCUGGAGACAGCCCUGAAGUGGAGGAACUACGAGGUGAAGCUCCGGCUGCUGCUGCACCUGGAGGAGCUGCAGAUGGAGCACGACAUCCGGCACUAUGACCUGGAGUCGGUGCCCAUGACCUGGGACCCCGCAGACCAGAACCCCAGGCUGCUCACACUGGAGGUUCCCGGGGUGACCGAAAGCCGCCCCUCAGUGCUACGAGGUGACCACCUGUUUGCCCUUUUGUCCUCCGAGACACACCAGGAGGACCCUGUCACCUACAAGGGCUUUGUACACAAGGUGGAAUUGGACCGUGUCAAGCUGAGCUUUUCCAUGAGCCUCCUGAGCCGCUUUGUGGAUGGGCUGACCUUCAAGGUGAACUUCACCUUUAACCGCCAGCCCCUGCGGGUGCAGCAUCGUGCCCUGGAGCUGACGGGGCGCUGGCCGCUGUGGCCCAUGCUCUUCCCCGUGGCCUCCCGUGGGGUCCCGCUGCUGCCCUCAGAUGUGAAGCUCAAGCUGUAUGACCGGAGUCUGGAGUCAAACCCCGAGCAGCUACAGGCCAUGAAGCACAUUGUUACGGGCACCACCCGUCCAGCCCCCUACAUCAUCUUUGGGCCUCCAGGCACCGGCAAGACUGUCACCUUAGUGGAAGCCAUCAAGCAGGUGGUGAAGCACUUGCCUAAAGCCCACAUCCUGGCCUGCGCUCCGUCCAAUUCGGGGGCUGACCUCCUCUGUCAGCGGCUCCGGGUCCACCUGCCCAGCUCCAUCUACCGCCUCCUGGCCCCCAGCAGGGAUAUCCGCAUGGUGCCCGAGGACAUCAAGCCCUGCUGUAACUGGGAUGCGAGGAAGGGCGAUUACGUGUUUCCUGCCAAGAAGAAGCUGCAGGAAUAUCGUGUCUUAAUUACCACCCUCAUCACUGCCAGCAGGUUGGUCUCGGCCCAGUUUCCCAUUGAUCACUUCACACACAUCUUCAUCGAUGAAGCUGGCCACUCCAUGGAGCCCGAGAGUCUGGUGGCCAUAGCAGGGCUGAUGGAAGUCAAGGAAACAGAUAAUCCAGGAGGGCAGCUGGUGCUGGCAGGAGACCCUCGGCAGCUGGGGCCUGUGCUGCGUUCCCCACUGACCCAGAAGCAUGGGCUGGGGUACUCGCUGCUGGAGCGGCUGCUCACCUACAACACCUUGUACAAGAAGGGCCCCGACGGCUAUAACCCCCAGUUCAUAACCAAGCUGCUACGCAACUACAGGUCUCACCCCACCAUCCUGGACAUUCCUAACCGGCUCUAUUAUGAAGGGGAGCUGCAGGCCUGUGCUGAUGUUGUGGACCGAGAGCGCUUCUGCCGCUGGGAGGGUCUGCCUCGACAGGGCUUUCCCAUCAUCUUUCAUGGCGUAAUGGGCAAAGACGAGCGUGAGGGCAAUAGCCCGUCCUUCUUCAACCCCGAAGAGGCUGCCACUGUGACUUCCUACCUGAAGCUGCUCCUGGCCCCGUCCUCCAAGAAGGGCAAAGCCCGCCUGAGCCCCCGAAGUGUGGGCGUCAUCUCCCCAUACCGGAAGCAGGUGGAAAAAAUCCGUUAUUGCAUCACCAAACUUGACAAGGAGCUUCGGGGACUGGAUGACAUCAAGGACUUGAAGGUGGGCUCGGUGGAGGAGUUCCAAGGCCAAGAGCGCAGCGUCAUCCUCAUCUCCACCGUGCGGAGCAGCCAGAGCUUUGUGCAGCUGGAUCUGGACUUUAACCUGGGUUUCCUGAAGAACCCCAAGAGGUUCAACGUGGCUGUGACCCGGGCCAAGGCCUUGCUCAUCGUGGUGGGCAACCCGCUCCUCCUGGGCCAUGACCCCGACUGGAAAACAUUCCUGGAGUUCUGCAAAGACAACGGGGGGUAUACCGGGUGCCCCUUCCCUGCCAAACUGGACCUGCCACAGGGACAGAACUUACUCCAAGGUCUGAGCAAGCUCAGCCCCUCUACCUCAGGGCCCCAAAGUCACGACUACCUCCCCCAGGAGCGGGAGGGUGAAGGCGGCCUGUCCCUGCAAGUGGAGCCAGAGUGGAGGAAUGAGCUCUGAAGACACAGCAGCGGCCUUCUCACACCAGCCAAGCCUUAACCGCCCACCGACCCUGAACCAGAACCCAGCCAAGCUGCCCCUCCAAGGGACAGGAAGGCUGGGGGAGGGAGUUUACAACCCAAGCCAUUCCACCCCCUCCCCUGCUGGGGAGAAUGACACAUCAAGCUGCUAACAAUUGGGGGAAGGGGGAGGAAGAAAAACUCUGUAAACAAAAUCUUGUUCUAUGCAAAAGCCUCCUUGUCUCCUCA